AUGGAGCCCAGUUCUCCCCAUGGCAAGCCUGACUUCGACGUCGACGUCGAGGCCGAUGGUGUUACCAUCAAGGAUGAUGAUUAUGAUCCCAUAGAACGAAACACGCGUAUCACUUUCCAUGACUCUGCCACCGAAGCGGAGGGAAUGCGCUCCAUUUACCAGCCCGCCCAGCUUGGGCGUACCAAUUCGCUGGGUCGUGAUACCAUUCGCAGUACUCGGAGUACCUACCAGACAACAGCUGGUGGGAAUAAUGGGAUACCUAUUGAGUUCCGUACACUUUCGAUCCAGAUCUCCGAGUCUCAAACCCGCCCGAAAGAGAUCGUGGCAGAAACCCCCAAGGAGAAGGUACCCAAUCAAGAUUAUUUCGAGAGCUUGGAUUUCCAUAUCAUUCCGCAGGAGAAGGUCUGUCAGGAAUUCAAUGUCGAUCAGCGCUUCGGUUUAAGCACCGAGUCAGCGGCACAACGUCUUCAACGGGAUGGAAAGAAUGUUAUUGCCCAUCAUCGCGAGAACUACCUCAAAAAGAUCUUCUUUUAUGUCUUUGGUGGCUUUUGUUCCGUCCUGUGGGUGGGUGUGAUUAUCUUCUUCCUUUGCUGGCAGCCUCUUAGCAAUCCACCCUCAGCAACCAAUCUUGCCAUGGCUAUUCUCGUUAUCAUCGUUAUCACCCUCCAGGCCAGUUUCUCAGCUUUCCAGGACUGGUCUACGAAGCGAGUUAUGAACUCUAUCUUAAAUCUUCUUCCAUCAGAAGCUCUGGUCUUGCGUGAUGGAAAGCAGCUACGUGUUUCCGCAACUGAUUUGGUUGCUGGAGAUAUUGCACAGAUCACCGUUGGAAACAAAGUUCCUGCCGAUAUGCGUCUGCUGCAGACUUCUGGGGAUAUUCGAUUUGAUCGUGCAAUUCUCACUGGCGAGUCGGACGAGAUUGAUGGUGCUACUGAGUCGACCGAUGCAAACUUCCUUGAAACUCGCAACAUUGCGCUAAUGGGAACACUGGUCACGAACGGAAAUGCCACUGGCAUUGUGCUAUUGACCGGUAGUCGUUCCGUCAUGGGCCGAAUUGCUACCAUGACAGCUGGUGUCAAACAAAAGCCGACGCUGAUUCAAAAAGAGAUCACUCGCUUUGUUACCAUCAUCGUCAGCCUGACCGUCUGCCUCGCGUUGCUCAUCUUGUUCACUUGGCUGGGAUGGCUUCGAAAAGACCAUCCUGGAUACAUGAGCGUGGUAGCUAUGCUCAACAAUGUCAUGGGCUGUGUGGUGGCUUUUAUCCCAGAGGGUGUGCCUGUUGGUGUCGCACUGACGUUGAUGAUGGUCGCUCGACGCAUGAAGCAGACAAACAUCUUGCCCAAAGGAUUGGCGACCGUGGAGACUUUGGGAUGCGUGAAUGUUAUCUGCUCCGACAAAACAGGAACGCUCACACAAAACCGCAUGUUUGUCAAGUCACUUGGCAUGGUGGACUGGGAAUACAAUAUUGAUGAUCUCGUGCCUGGCAUGGAAUCUUCGGAGGCACUUCAAAAUCUCCUCCGUGCAUCGGUUCUCUGCAAUGAUGCUACCUUCGACCCAGAGACCCUGAAAUUGCCAGUUUGGGAGCGUGCCGUCAACGGAAAUGCUACGGAUGCUGCUGUUUUGCGACUUGCCGACAGCGUCGGUGCUGCUACACCAAAGAAUCUUGAGCCAUAUACCCGCGUCCACCAGAUUCCUUUCAACUCAAAAAACAAGUGGAUGCUCACAAUGCAUCAAAACCCGACUUCUUCCAAAGAAUACAUGAUCUACGUCAAGGGUGCGCCUGAUGUCCUCUUGGAUCGCUGUUCCACUUACUGGUCUGCUGUCAACAAUGCUGUUCGUCCUUUAGACACAAAUGCCAGAAAUAAGCUGUCUGAUUUCCAAGCUAAACUCUCUCGUCGUGCCGAGCGUGUGAUCAUCCUCUGCCAGCGCCGCUACAUCCCGACCCAUCCUUUGGGAUCCAAUGGAUUUAGUGACGAGAUUCUCGAAUCGGGUGUCCAGGAUCUGACUGUUCUUGGAAUCUUCGGCAUCAUUGACCCUCCUCGCCCGGAGACGGCUCAGACUGUGGCCGCAUGUCGCCGCGCGGGCAUUCGUUUUUUCAUGGUCACCGGCGACUUUGGACUAACGGCGGCGGCAAUCGCUCGCGACAUCGGUAUUUUCGAGGGUGACGUUGAGCCUGAUACAAUUCAUGAUCUUCGGGAUGGCUUCGCAUCGGACAAAAUGCCGCCUUCAAGACGCAGCUUGCUUCUAGAAGGCAGUAGUCUCUCAUCAUUGAACCAGGAAGAGUGGUCCACAAUUUGUGAUUAUGAGGAAAUUGUCUUUGCCCGUACCAGUCCCGAACAAAAGCUACGAAUUGUGUCAGAGCUCCAGGCAAAAGGCAAUUUUGUCGCUGUCACGGGUGAUGGAGUCAACGACGCGCCUGCUUUGCGUGCUGCAGAUGUUGGAGUUGCCGUCGGUUCCGGUAGUGAUGUUGCCAUUGAAGCGGCCGACCUUGUCCUUCUUGACAAGUUCGAUUCCAUUGUCGAGGCUAUUCGCCUCGGUCGCCUGGUCUUCCAGAACCUUCAAAAGGUCAUCGCCUAUCUACUACCCGCUGGCAGUUGGUCAGAAAUCUGGCCUGUGCUUAUGAACGUUUUCUUCGGAUGUCCCUCCCCUCUGAGCUCCUUCUUGAUGAUUAUUAUUUGUGUUUUCACCGAUCUGUUUCUCUCCUUGUCGCUUAUUAUGGAAAAAGAGGAGUUUGACUUGAUGAGCAUUCCACCCCGGAAGCCUCGCAAAGACCACCUGAUCAACAUGCGCAUUUACGGCCAGUCAUACCUCUUUGUCGGUGUUAUGGAAGCUUUCAGUGCCCAUUCCAUGUUCUUUUUGUACAUGUGGAAAGCCGCGGGCAUUCCAUUCAGUGAUCUUAUUUUCGCAUUCGACACGUACACCGAUGGAUUCCACGGAUACACAAUGGACGAACUAAAUCAUUUCAACUACGUUGGACAAGGUGUCUACUUCGUAACUCUUGUCAUCAUGCAAUGGGGCAAUAUCCUGUCUGUCCGGAGCAAGCGCAUGUCUCUUCUCCAAGCAGACCCCAUCCGCCCUGCGCGUCGCAACCCAUGGCUCCCUCUCGCCAUGGCAAUUUCCCUCGUUAUUGCCAUUUUCGUCACCGAAGUCCCCGGUAUUCAGUCUCUAUUCCUGACAGCUUCUGUCCCCAUCGAGUUCUGGUUCAUUCCACUCGGUCUGGCAAUGGGUGUUCUAUGUAUGGAUGAGCUGCGCAAGGUUCUUGUGCGCAUGUUCCCCAAAGGACCGGUUGCGUGGGCAUCAUGGUAA